GGAGAACAAUUUCCUGUUGACACCGGAAUAUUUAGAAAGUGCAAGGAAGGAGGAGAAGGCAGGGACGGCAGCAGCAUCUGUGCUGUGGAAGUUUCCCCCUGCACCGCAGCCGAGGAGUGCCCCCCUGGGAGCCCUGGCUCCUUUACAUGCAUGUUCACACAGGGCAAAGUUUGUGCGCAGAGGCUGGCCUGCAUGUGUCAUCGAGGAUCAGGUGCACGGGCGACCAAGGCUGACACUGGCAUCUUUGUGUCUAGUGAAUGGAUGGAAAUGGCAGCGGGCAUGCGGCUGAGCGUCGUGUAGGGAGCUGCCACACACACUGAGCACCGCUCGGCCUCAUCCGAGGGAAGGCUCCUCACAGCCCUGGGGAGAAGGAAUGCCAUUUUCUGAGCCUCCAAUGCUUUUACCCUGUGCUGUCUGCUGAUGGCUGAAGCCUGGCUGGAGGAAGAGGAGGAGGAGCUGAGGGACAGUGCUGGCAACAGGAGGCACAGGAGGUCCAACCUGACCCAGGCUGCAGAACGUCCAGAAAGGAAUAAGCCAGAACACCGGUUUCCUGGGCAAGGACCUCUGUCAUCCAUAAGGGCCGUUAUUAAGAGAACGUCCAGAACUACUGCACAGAGUGAACAGCAGAGGGAUAGAAGACGUCCUGAGAUCACCAUUGUUGCUGCUGAGCCCAUUGGCCCUGGAUCUUGGUUUCAUGGUGGCCCGCCUGGAGGCUUAGGAUUCCCUCCACCACCUCCACCACAGUGGAGGCCUAGUGACUCCCAUCCCCCAGAGCAGCCACCAUCCUAUGAGCAGGUAAUUAAGGAAAUCUCGCAAGUGCAAGUAUCUACAAGCAACUCUAAUGUUGAACCCAGGCGGACAUCCACAUGUGCAACACAAACAGAUUUUCACUUGGAGGAUGAUUACACAGGGCCCGGCAAUAAUGUAAUUCAUCAGCCGGUCAUUUGUGAUCAAGCCACAGUGCAAAGGACAACUGACAGAUCACGCCAGUCACUACUUUUUGUGACAAACAAUGUUCAGGACAGUGCCCUCCAGAUAGCAGUCAGUAAUUCUGCUGGGACUAGCACCCGAUACGAAGACCCAAAUGUCACCAGAUACCCAGUGCCAAGGCCAAGGACAAAAUCUAAUCUUAAACCUGUAGUAAACAAUAAUCUAAGUUUUUAUCAAGGUAGCAGUGAGAUCUUCUUCCAGGGUACAUCUGAAGGAGAUCUUCAUUCCAGCCAGUCUUCUGGUUUCGAUGAUAAUUUUCUGGGGGACUUAUUUGAAAUGAACAAUAUGAGCCAUGAAAGAAGCCAAAACAGUAUUUUGUCAAGGAUUAAAGCCUUCGAGUCGCAAGCUGAAAAUUCAGAAAAUCCUAAAAGACCAGAAGUUGCACCACGUACCAUCAACACUAGGGGUUCUGCCACCACAAAACCUGUAUUAGCUCCCAAACCAUUAUCCAACAGAGUAUCUGGUGAGUGGGACCCUGGAAAAGACAAUAAACCAAAAUUUACACCAAGAGAGGGGCCUGUACCAUCAAGUCUACAAGAUACCAGUGGUGCGACCAAACCAGAUCUGCCAAAGAAACCAAAGCCGAAUCUCUCAAAAAGCAACAGUAAUGAGUUUCCUGAUGGUGUGCUCGGGACAUCUGGAAGCAACAGUAAAGAGUCUGAAAGAAAAUUACCAGUUCCUGCUCCCAGGCCUCUGCUGCCUAAGAAAUCCAUUCACACUGACAACCUUGUCUCAGUAUCUGUAGGAGCCAAACCCCUCGUUCCUGGUCCGAAAUUCUCUGUAGCUUCUCAAGCCAAAGCAUUUAACACAGUAGAAACACCUGCAGCCAGAGUAGUGCAGAGCAAGUCAGUGGGUGACCUAGACUUGAUUAGUUUUGAUGAUGAUGUUUUAUCUCCGGUUCUGCCCAGUCCAGACGUUAGUGAUUCGAAGGCAAAUGUUGAUCCCUUCCAGCUGUUUUCCAAGGAUGAGGCUGAGAAGGAGCCGCCAGCUCCCCCUACUGUGUUGAGAAAGCCUACAGUCAUCCGGAUUUCUGGCAAACUCGGCAAAUCAUGUGAAGAACUUCAGGCGCCUCCACCUCUUCCUACUGAAAAACCAGUUGGGAGCCUAUACAAUAAACCAAGUGCAAGGGCACGCCCUACAGUCAGAAAGGACUGGGAACAAUUUGACAAUGCAGAAGAGACUUGUUAUAAGCCGGUACUACCUACCAGACCAAUUGGCGUUAAAGUGAUGGACACUCCACAGCCACAGAAAGGACCACCUGGAAGACCUCCGCCCCCUAAAAUCUCCAAAAAUGCCUCAAAUCGAGAUGCCUUUCCCCGAUCAACCUCUGAUGUGGGCAUAGGUGCAAAACAUAACUCAUCUGGCCUCAACAGAUCAAAAAGUCAAGUGUUAAAAAGACAGCAACCAGAUCUACCUCCUCGACCUAAACCUGGACAUCCUCUAUAUAAUAAGUACACGUUGCCUUUGCCUCAUGGAAUUGCUGAAAAGGAUACUGUAUCCUCUAAUCCUGGAGAGCUGUCGUGCAAGCGUGGAGAGGUGCUGGUGCUGCUGGAGCAAAAGGAUAACCAUUAUGUUCAUUGCCAAAAGGGAGGUAUAACCGGGGAUGUAAAAGUCACUAAUCUGAAGAUUAUCACUCCACUCGAUGACAGCACAGAAAUCAAGCAGAAGGAUUUGCCCCAUAGAAUGGAGGACAGCCAUACACCUCAGGCAUUGGUGCUGCAUGACUUUGUUGGAGAACACAUAGAUGACUUAAGUCUGACCUCAGGGGAGAUUGUGUACCUGCUGGAGAAAAUUGACAGAGAAUGGUACAGAGGCAAAUGUAAAGGAAACACCGGCAUUUUUCCUUCCAAUCAUGUCCAGAUCUUGGUUGAUUUGCUAGAUAAGGGCCACCCGAAGAAAAAUCCUGCAGCUUCUAAUAUAAAAGGUCCACGUUGUGUGGCGCGUUUCGAAUUUAUUGGCGAUCAGAAAGAUGAGCUCAGCUUCAGUGAGGGGGACACAGUCAUUCUGAGAGAAUACGUUAAUGAGGAAUGGGUUAAGGGAGAGCUGAAAGGACAUGUUGGCAUUUUUCCAAUCAAUUUUGUGGAAAUCCUAGAAGACUUGCCAAACAAGACUACAGCACCAGAUUCAAAGAAGAAUAAACCAUCUGCAUCUUCUGCACAGCUAAACCGACUGUCUGGGGAAUGGUAUGAAGCACUGUAUGAUUUCACCGCAGAGACAGAAGAUGACUUACCCUUUAGAAAAGGAGACAAGAUACUGGUUAUAGAAAGACUGGACUCAGAGUGGUACAAAGGACGACUGAAUGGCAGAGAAGGCAUCCUGCCAGCUGCGUUUGUACAGCUCUGCUCAGGACCAACGGCGCGGGAAACUCAGGGAGGGAAACCUGGAAAGGCUCGGGCACUUUAUGACUUCUGUGGGGAGAAUGAGGAUGAACUUUCAUUCAAGGCUGGUGAUGUAAUCACUGCACUGGAACCAGUAGAUGAUGAAUGGAUGAGUGGAGAGCUGUAUGGGAGAACUGGGAUAUUUCCAAAGAACUUUGUUCAGAAAUGUUAGCACUAUACAGCGGACAUUGCAUUGUACACUCUCACAAAACAGACUAUCACCUUUGGUGCCAACUGAACCUUUUAUAUAGAUAUAAUGUGUGAGAUUUUUGCACUAUGUUUUUGUGUAUUUUUUUUUUAUAUUAUUUUCGAUAAGAUGUUUUGUUCUGGUUUCUGUAUGCGCUGUUUACCUGCUUGUUCUGUACGAAUACAUCAAGUCCAGCCGGAGAUGUUUAAUGCAUAUCACCAUGGCCAUGUAGCAUUGUAAAGGGCUUACAGAAAAAUGUCCUUGACUUCACUGGCCAAGAAACUCCGUCUGAUCUACCUUACUUCUGGUCUACCCUGCAGGUGAUGGACACUCAUUUCUGCAAGUCUAGCAUUGCACAAGGCCAGCCUGGGGGUAUGCUAUGUGUAAUGUGCUGUAGGGUUUGUUUGAUUUUCCUGAAGCAAUCUUCAGAUGGCCAAUAUCCCACUUGGCCAACCAGGCCCUAGCAUUCAGUGGAAAAAAGACACAUUUCCACAGGGCCAGGAUGUUCAGGGCUUGUAGUAUCUGCAAUCCAUUUAGUGCCUGUGUACAUUACAGCAACAUGAACUUGGAAUGAUUUCCUCUCCCCAUCACUACAUAUUCGUUUUCUGUUAAAACGUACAAGUGGACAUGGUUUACUCGUUCUGGUAUGCAAAAUUGUUUCCCCGAUCCAUUCUGUGUAUUAACACAUACUGUCCAUUUACGCCUAUAAAACCUUUGCUUAAGCUCCAUUUACGAACCCUCUCCAGUAGAGCGCACAUCUGUACCUUGCAUGAGCCAGCAUCAUUGUCCUUGUUUAACCCUCAAAGAACUAAAGAAAUGAUCGCCUUGAAAAUGGAACUGAAAAGAGAAUGUCUAAAACAAAAUUGUACACUGUUCACUAAAUCAUG